CAUCUCUCCACCACCACAGGAACAGCAAAUUAAAAAUUAAAAAUAAAAAAGAAAAAGAAAAAGAAAAGCUUUGUGAGAACCAAGAAAAUGGCCUUUUCUUGCUCCCAAAGAUUCUUGUUCUUGAUUCUCUCCCUGUUGGCUACUCACGCUUUGGAAGCCUCUGUGGGCAACUUCGAACGUGACGUUCAGAUAACUUGGGGAAAUGGUCGCGGAAAGGUUCUCGAGAACGGGAAUCUUCUCGCUCUCUCGCUCGACCAGUUUUCGGGCUCGGGUUUUCAGUCCAAGAACGAGUUUCUUUAUGGUAGGGUGGAGGCGCAGAUCAAGCUUGUCCCUGGUAACUCUGCCGGCACAGUCACCACUUUCUAUCUGAAAUCGCCGGGAGCGACUUGGGACGAGAUCGAUUUCGAGUUCUUGGGCAACCUCAGUGGCCAUCCCUACACUCUCCACACCAAUGUCUACACACAAGGCAAAGGAGACAAAGAGCAGCAGUUCCAUCUCUGGUUCGACCCAACGGCCGAUUUCCACACGUACUCCAUCACUUGGAACCCCCAAAGAAUUAUCUUCACUGUGGAUGGAAUCCCGAUCAGAGAGUUCAAGAACUUGGAAUCAAUCGGAGUCCCAUUCCCCAAGAACCAACCGAUGAGGCUAUACGCGAGCCUUUGGGAAGCCGAUGAAUGGGCCACGAGAGGAGGUCUUGUCAAGAUAGACUGGUCACGUGCCCCUUUUACCGCUUCUUACAGGAACUACAACGCAAACGGGUGUGUCUGGUCCAGCGGAAGAUCGUCUUGUCCGGCUAACAAACCGUGGUUCAGUCAAGAACUCGACUUCAAUGGCAAGAACAGGAUGAAAUGGGUGCAGAGUAGGUACAUGGUUUACAACUACUGCACCGAUAGGAAGAGGUCUCCUCAAGGUGCUCCCCCUGAGUGCAAGAUGGCUUGAUUCUUCCUCCUCGUAUGAUUACACUAAUUAUAUAUCUUUCUGUAUUUAAAUUGAGAUAUAUAUAUAUAUAUAUAUAUAUGGUUUGGAUUAUUUCGUUUUAUUUUGUGAUUGAGUGCUUGUUCUAUUCAAAUUGUAUGCAAUAACAAUGAAUAUGCCAAAAUUUAUCUCG